AUGGACUGGAAGGCAGUCAUACGCCAACAACUGGAGAGCAGAAACUACAGGGAGACAGCCAGCUUUCAAAAUCUAAUCACUUUCUAUAAUAAAAUUUAUGACAGUUCACUUCUGUUGCGAGCACAAAACAUUCAGCUAGAAUCCCAAAUCAUACGCGGUAAUACUGGUGGUGAUUAUGUGUACUCUGAAAAAAUAUCGGCUUUAGAACAAAAAUUGCUUCUGCAACAAGAAGAAUUGACCGAAUUACAUCGUAGACGUGGGGAAAAUGCUCAAAUGAUUAUAGAUUUAAAUGCAAAAUUACAAUUGACCGAGCAAACUCUUACAAGUAAAAACCACAGUUUGAAUGAAAAUGUGAAGAUUGUUGCUAGUUUACGAGCGGAAAUAUCUUUAUAUCAGAAAAAUAACUCUGAGCUAAAACAAUUAAAUCAAGUUCUCAAAGAUGAGCACCAAGCACUACAGUUGGCUUUUACUAAACUUGAAGAAAAAUUACGGACUUUACAAGAUGAAAACAGAGAACUCGUGGUCAGGUUAAUGACUUAUAAAUCUAAGGACGCCGAUAAGUUGAAUGAGGAAAACGACCAUCUAGUCAGAGCACGAAAUGCCAUUAUGCAAAAUGAACUUAAAGAAGCAGCAAACGAUAUGCGUGGCGUAACUUCAGAAUGUUUGACAACUGCUGUAAGCAAUAGUAUUGGACCAAUUAUGGCAUCUCCAUGUGCCAUGCCCAGCAAAGCUUCCAUUCGAUUUGACGCUCACGAUGGUGUUGUAAGUGCUGUAAAAUGGAGUCCAGUUGAUCGAAUGGUAGCAACUGGUGGAGAAGACCGUAAAGUGAAACUGUGGGAUGUGUCUAAAGGUGUUGCCGAGUGCAAAGGGAUGUUGAUUGGUAGUAAUGCAGGUGUUAUGUCAGUUGAGUUUGACAGUACAGGUGGACAAAUAGUGGCAGCAUCUAAUGAUUUGGCAUCGCGUGUUUGGACAGUAAAUGAUCAACGACUUAGGGUGAGUAAAUAUGAUUAA